CAAGACGGCGCUCCUCCUCACUAUGUUGCUACGGUUUGGAAAUGACUAGAUGAUGAGUCUGCAGAUAAAUGAAUUGGCCAAAGAGGACCUACAGAACGGCCUGAGUUGACGCCAUUAAGCCCGUAUCGUCAGUCGUCCCUACAAUUGUUUUUUAUGGCGUCACUGAUUUCGAUAAUAUUAUGUCUUCUUCGAUAUUAACCAUCGUGAUAUUGCAAACAAAAGAAGCGAAUGAUCUUCCUAAGAAUGGUUCAUGCAUCCAGGCACUUGAAAGCAUGUUUGAGGGAGCCAACCAUACUGAAAUAAGUGAAUUUGCUUAUUGUGACUGACAUUUGUUACACUGCAAUUUGUAAAUUAAAGAUCUACUUGCACUGCUCAAAGAACAUCCAAUCCUGAUAAGCCCAGGGUACAAGAUAUUGUUCCAAGACAAUAACUCCAGUGUAAGAAACGUUAUUAGAGGAAAAAGACGAAGAGUCAAUAUAUUUAAAUUGGAUAUUUCAAGAAGUUUGAUACCUAGAAUUAAUUAUCUUUCCAAAAUGAUCUAAUGUACCCCCCAAACUAGAAAAAUUUCUUUGUAACUGAUUAGAUAUUCCUUUAGCCCUGUUUACAUAGCUUGUAAUUUAGAAAAUAGCAUAUAUUCUAGUUAACGUCAUGCUAGCGAAAAAACAUUUGUUUUAAGAGAAAAGAAGAUUAAAAAUUGAUGAUAUCUGAUAUCUCUAGAUAUUUUUAAACGAACCUAUUGUAUUUCUA